AUGCCGCCUGAGGCGCUGCGGAGGCAAGGCUCCGAGCCUCCCCACGGCGACUCGCCUGCCACCUUCGACGAGUACCGCGAGUACAUCAAAUCGAAGCUCUCCGGCGUCAAGCAGCUGUACAUUCCAAAAUGGCAGCGCGCGUCCUACGUCCCGACGAGCAUCCUGCAUCGCUUCCCCGCCGACGAACAAGCUCGCCGGCAGCCCAGCAUCGCGCACGGCUUCGUCGUCACGCAGCCGCGCCGCGAAGCGCGCCCCGCCGCGCCGGUGCAGCCUGCCGCGCCCGCCCCGGCCCCAGCCGCGGCCCGGAGCCCCCAGGACAACCCGGACUCGGCAGUGACGGCGAUGCACGACACCGACAGCGACACUUCGUCGAUGGGCGAGCUCGUGCGCGCGCGCAGGCGCGCUCUGCUCACCGGCGGCGAAACCGCGGUUCGCUUGUCGGACGUCCACGCGGUGCUGCCCGCCGCGACCCCGCCCGAGGACGCCCUGCUCUCGCCGCGCGCCUCCGCCGCGCCCGCGGAGCCGCCGCGCGCGGCGCGCCGGGCCAACGCCGCCUCACUGGCCGCAGCAGUGCGCGCUGCGCGAGCCCGGGACGCCGACGCGUCGGAGCCUCAGCGGCCGCGUUCUCCGCAGCGGAGACGCGGUGUCUUCGGCCUCUUCAGCCGCGCAGGCAAGCGCGGCGCGGACGCCGCGUGCGCGGCAACGAAGGAGGCAGAGGAGCUGGCGCGUGCCACUGCGCGCGCCACGCGGACGGUGGCGCGGCGCAAGCUCGUCAUGGACCCCGCGCUCGGGUACGCCGGGCUGCGGGAGCGGCAGGAGCAGGCGCUGAGCGCGAUGCGGCGCCCCGUCGUGCUGAACGUGUCGUCGCAGCCGACAGAGGAAGUCACGAUCCCGAACCCGCUCCGGGCGUCCACGGCGCCGGAGGGGCAGCAGAGGCUGGUGGCUGAGGCGCGGGCGGAGGGCGCGCAGUCGCGUGCGCAGACCGCGCAGGCCGGGUGCAUGAGCAUCGGACACGCGCAGCGGAGUCGGCAGGUGACGGCGACGCGCGGGGGGUCCGGGCGGACGGAGGCGGCGGCGCCGGUGGAGACGGUGUUCCGCUGCGACGACGCGUUCCGCGAGGACGACGGGAAGAUGUUCCGGGCGAGGUACGAGGCGGUGAGUGCGCUCAGCGACGCCACCGACUCCAUGGAGCAGUCUGCGAGCGCGGCGGUGACGCGCGUCCAGCGGCGCAUGCGGCGGCAGGCGAUGGUUGCGGGCGGGGAGUUCGACGCCUGCCUGCACCCGGACGCGCCGCUGCGUGCGGCAACCGACCCGCAGUUGUGGCAACGGGCCCACGACAGCCGCAUGGGGCCGACGGUGAUGCGAUCGACCAGCAGCCAGCGGUACGGCUUGGCGAAGGGCACGGCGACGCGGGCGCGGGUUAUCGCGCCCGAGAAGGUGCAGGCGCAGGUGUGGCGGACAAAGGAGGAGCUUGGCAUGGUGGGGCGGAGAGCUGCGCUGCCGCAGCGGUACGGCGCUGCGCGCGGCACGCGGGCGGCGUGCGCGGAUCCGGACGUCACGCAGGGCAUCCACGACGUCGUUGGGGGCCUGCUGGGCUGA